UGCUAUAAAAAGCAAGAAACAGAGUAACUGAAAUUUAAAAAGCUCAGUUUUCUGCUCUGUUUUUCAGUGACAAGUUUCAAUGGCAAAACCAGUUUCCAUUGAAGUGUGGAACCCAAAUGGGAAAUACAGAGUUAUUAGCACCAAACCUAUGCCUGGAACUCGAUGGAUCAACCUCUUAAUCGAGCAAGAUUGCCGUGUCGAAAUAUGUACUGAGAAGAAAACGAUUUUGUCCGUUGAGGAUAUCAUUUCUUUGAUUGGCAAUAAGUGCGAUGGGGUGAUUGGACAGUUGACUGAAGACUGGGGGGAGACUUUAUUUGCAGCUUUAAGCAGAGCAGGAGGCAAAGCAUUUAGUAACAUGGCUGUUGGUUACAACAAUGUUGAUGUUAAUGCUGCCAACAAGUAUGGUGUUGCUGUUGGUAACACUCCUGGUGUACUCACAGAAACAACGGCAGAGCUAGCGGCUUCUCUUUCUUUGGCAGCUGCUAGAAGAAUUGUUGAAGCAGAUGAGUUCAUGAGGGCUGGCUUAUAUGAUGGAUGGCUCCCUCAUCUGUUUGUGGGAAACUUGCUUAAAGGACAAACAGUUGGUGUAAUUGGAGCUGGUCGUAUUGGAUCUGCAUACGCCAGAAUGAUGGUUGAAGGAUUCAAAAUGAACUUAAUUUACUAUGAUCUUUACCAAUCAACACGGCUAGAGAAGUUUGUCACAGCUUAUGGUGAGUUCUUGAAAAGCAAUGGAGAGCAACCCGUUUACUGGAAAAGAGCAUCAAGUAUGGAUGAGGUGCUUCGGGAGGCAGAUGUGAUAAGUCUUCACCCGGUCUUGGAUAAAACCACCUAUCAUCUGAUCAACAAAGAAAGCCUUGCAACAAUGAAGAAGGAAGCAAUACUUGUAAACUGUAGCAGGGGCCCGGUGAUUGAUGAAGUAGCUCUUGUUGAGCAUCUGAAGCAAAAUCCUAUGUUCCGAGUUGGUCUUGAUGUCUUUGAGGAUGAACCUUUCAUGAAACCUGGGCUUGCUGAGAUGAAGAAUGCUGUCAUCGUACCACACAUUGCUUCUGCUUCCAAGUGGACUCGUGAGGGAAUGGCAACGUUAGCUGCUCUAAACGUCUUGGGCAAGAUCAAAGGAUAUCCAAUUUGGGGUGAUUCAAAUCGCGUCGAACCAUUCUUGAAUGAGAGUGUUCCACCUCCUGCUGCAUGUCCAAGCAUCGUUAAUGCGAAAGCAUUAGGUUUACCUGUUUCAAAGCUAUAAGCACCAACGGUCGGUCCGGGUUGCAGUCCGAGUAGUUUCUCCUAUGAAUGUGAAGUUUGGGGUUGUACUGAGUUUAGUUUAUGCUAGACUGACAAUGGCAAUUACCAUGUAUAUGUUGCAUGGGGAAAGUACUCCUUUUAUAUACUUACAUUUUGCUGUCUUGUAUGUAAUAGAGAACAGCUCUAUAAUUUCAUCAAACAAAUGAAGUUGCACUCAUGGAUUCAUCGAUCA